AGAUUUAAAACUGUAUCAAAAUUUAACAGUUUCCGUGUAACCGAUUAUCGGUUUAGGUUAUUUUCCUUGAAGUGGCUACUGAGUAGAUUUGUUUACAUACAUGUUUGUUUAAUGUUUUUCGUUCAUGCAGGGUCUGUUAUAUUGCGGUUUGUUAACCUUAUUUACUUAACUUUGUGGCGAAUGGGCUUUAACGAAAAAGCCUGUAGAUCUGACAUUCAGCAUGGCUAAGCCUAACCCAAGGCCAAUGUCAGACCUGUUUCAUAAAAAAACAGAGAAAGAAUACCAACAGCUGUGUGACAACUUCUAUACCGAAUUGACUGCAUCAUUGACAGAGACUCCAUCUGCGGACUAUUUCUGCGAACUCGUUCUCACACGAUUCGCGAACAUCAUUCGAGAACUACACUCGUACUCACAACGUCACAACCGGACACACUUCCACAGAAGGUUUAUCCUCGUCUGGGCAGCGAGUCACCACAUAUAUGCAACUUUGUGGGUAUCUUGAAGAAAACAUGGAUAAGACGGACAAUGUGGUAGGAACCAUUCGAAGUGUAACAUAUGAUAAUGUUGAUGUCAAAUCAAUCAUAAAAAGUCAAGAAACAUGGGAAUCCAACGAAAGUCAAUCAGAAAUAUUAUCAAACUACUCAGAUGUAGCUAACCAUAGAAGCAUUCUGGCAGAUUGUUUAAUACAACUUUUGUUAAAUGGUUUUCAUUACGACCUUAAAAUUAGGGUGAAAUCAGAGACAUUUCUUGCACAUAAAAGUGUUUUAUAUUGUCGUUCAAGUUACUUUCAAGCGAUGUUAAGGAAUGACCAUGGUGGGUGGGUGGAAACUGAGAGUAAAGUUAUAUCACUUGAAGGAGUAUCUGUGGAAAACUUUGCUAUCUUAUUGUUGUUCAUAUACGGAGCAUUAGUAGAUCUUUCUGAGUUCACAUUCGAUGAAUUAAUUAGCCUUGCAUCAGAUGCAGACAUGUACGCUACCAUGUUUGUUAUGAAUGCUGUAGAGUUUUAUGUGAAGAAGGAAAAGUGUCAUUUCUUUCAUAAGCCAUGUCAAGGUUGCUUGGAUGGAAUGAAAGAUGGAUUGUACCUUUCUAAUCUUUUUAACCUUUCAAAUUUAAGAGAAAAAUGUUUAAAAUGGAGCGCAAAGCACUUCAAACAACUGUGGGCAACUAAGAAGUUUUGUAUGCAAAGAAAAGAAAUUCAUGAAGAAUGUUAUAACACUGUUGCAUCCGCAUUGUGUAAAGGAAAUGUCACAAGUGUUAUGUUAGACACAGAUGCCUUGAUUCUAAAAAUUGACACUGUAAGCUGGGGUCUCCCUAUUGCAUCAAUCGUACACAAACUAAUGACAUCGUGUAUGAACAACAUUAUGAUCAACUUUGUUCAACUUGCAAAAGAUAAAUCAUUCCUACAAAUAUUUCAAGGUAUUGGUUGCAGAACAGAUUUAGUCGAAAGCCUUUUUGAACAUAUUAUGAGAAAUUUGUCGAUUGAAAAUGCAUGUUCGCUACAUAUAGGUGGUGACCUGCUACUUAAUAAAGCAUCCAGGGAAAAAUGGAGUGAGAACGUUAUUGGGACUCUGAAAGCUUUGGACAAUCGCAUCACAAGCUACAUACUCAACAAUUACCAUGGAGUUCUUCAUACAGAGCAGUGGCAGAUGCUAUCUUCGGAGUAUCGGAGAUAUAUCCAACAGAACACACUGUGUGUUGGUGAUGUGAAAAGAAAACCAAGAAGAAAACCAAUUUUAAGCAGCUCAAUGAGGGAAUUGAAACACUGAUGCUCCCAUUAUUACUAUAGAUUUCAUUCCUGUUAAAGUGCAUGUAGUUAUAUUUACUGUGAUGUCGUUGUGCAAUAAAUCCAUGUUUAUUGUUGUAAUUUUAAAUAUCGUGAUUCAUACAGCUGGUGCACUGAUAUUCCAACAAUGCUACUUCUUGACUUUUUACCGCGUCUUUACCUUCUCACAUGUUACAGUGUUAUAAAAUACAUAUAUAAUGUA